CCACAAUCUAUUGCCAACUGUUUGGUGGACAGACCCGUCAUGCCUUUUGCUAAAUGUUACAUUCAAAUGUUUGCUGGCAUAUACCUAGGAGGAACGGAAUGUUUCCUGUUAGCAGUCAUGGCUUAUGACCGGUAUGUUGCCAUCUCCAGUCCACUGCGUUAUAUGAUUAUCAUGAACUGGAGAGUUUGCAUUGUUUUGGCUAUUGCAUCAUGGACAAUGGCUUUCUUGCUAGCUAUCGUUCCCUGUCUUGCAAAACCAGCCCACUUCUGUGGACACAAUGAGGUGGAUCAUUUUGCGUGUGAGCUCACAGCCCUCAUGAAGUUGAUGUGUUCAGACAUGGCUGUGAGCCAACUGAUCAUGUACUUUACCAGCACCUUCACAGUACUUUUCCCUUUCUGCUUGAUCCUUUUUUCCUACGCACGUAUAAUUGUGACCAUUUUGAGAAUAGAUUCAUCUGGUGGCAGAAAGAAAGCUUUCUCUACUUGUGGAUCUCACCUGGCUGUGGUGGUGGUUUUCUUUGGAAAUGCUAUAGUCCAAUACAUCAAGCCGCAAUCUAAGGACAAUCAGGAUAGUGAUAAAAUUAUUUUUGUCUUUAAUGCAGCAAUAAUACCUAUGUUAAACCCUUUAAUCUAUAUACUGAGAAACCAAGAUGUGCUCGGGGCACUUAAAAGACUGACAUGGAGGAAAAUGUAA